ACAGAAAGUAAAAACAGUAGUCAGCAUAAUCAAAGCAAAAAAGCACACCGAAACGGGAUUAAAAAACCAAAAACCUCGAGGUAUCCAUCACUGAAAGGCACAGAUCCUAAGUUCAGGAGAAAUCAUCGACACGCUUUACAUGGAACAAUGAAGGCCCUGAAAGAACAAAAGGAUAAAAAGGGAGAAGACGCAUGA